AGUGCUCUCCUGUAUUGGGAGAUAAAAUUGUCCCUUCGUUUGUCUAUUUUUCCGAAAAAAUCUGAGAAAAUGGCAACUGACACUUCAACUGAAACUCAGACAACGGAAAAAACUAAAGAGGAGGCGGGUGGAUCGGGGGACGCAUUCGAUUCUUUUUACCAGGAGGUCAAAGCUAUUGAACACAGAGAUUCAGUUUUAACUUCAAAACAGCAAAUAGACAAACUUAACAGACCAGGUUCCACUUACUUCAACUUAAACCCAUUUGAUGUACUAAAUAUUGAUCCUGACGUUCCUAUAGCAGAGAUCAAGAAGAAAUACAGACAGAUGUCAAUAUUGGUCCAUCCAGAUAAAAAUCAGGAUGAUUUGAUACGAGCACAAAAAGCAUUUGAUGCUGUGAACAAAGCCUACAAAGUAUUAGUCAACGAUGAAGGAAUGAAGAGGUGUCAGGAAAUAAUAGAGGAGGCCAAAGCUCGAGUGGAUGAAAUGAUGAAAACAAAAAAGAAGCAGUUAAAAAAGGAAGGAAAGAGUACAGACGUCCCAGAGGAUGACCCAGACAAGAAAAAGCAUGCAGUGUAUGUGCAGACAUGUAAACUGUUCGCAGACUUGGAAAGAUUAAGACAAGAGAGGGAAAUGAAAGAUAUGCACGAGCGGAAACGCAAGGCAGAAGCAGAGGCCAAUGAAGAGGAAGCAAAGAAGAAGGAAGUGGAGUGGAAGAAGAACUUUGAGGAGAGCAGAUCAGACCGGGUGGACAGCUGGAGAAGUUGGAAAAGUGGCGGCAAGAAAGCCAAAGGAACAUUCCGACCUCCUAAACCGAAGGCGGAAAAACGAUAGUACAGUUGUGCAUGCGCGAUGUGUGUUUCUAUGUAGCUGUCCAUAGUUUAUCUCAUAGUGCUGACGGAUGAUCGAGAGAGGUGUGUCUGAUAUGAUUCCAUACUCAUCUUAUGUUCAUGAACCUUACAGCAUAGAGGGAUGCUGUUCACAAAACGUUUCUUUCAUCCGCCAUUGUUUUGAUGUUGAGCUGUUAGUUGUAGUUGAUGAUGAUGAUGAUGAUGAUGAUGAUGAUGAUGACAAUGUUUAUUAGAUUGUUUUGUCAUCUCCAUUGCAGUAGUAUUGUAUGGGUGGUUGUUUUUCAACUGUAUGCUAGUACUUUAAAUAUGGCACUGUGCAUAUACUGGUAUUUUUCCACACUAAACAAUUUUCUUAUACCGGUAUGUAAUAAUUUCUUUUUUGUUUAUCAAUGUUCUAAGGUAAAUAUGAUAAUAUUUCAAUCUGUCAUGGACAAUAUUAUUUUUUAAAAGACAUUCUGAUAAAUAAACGAUCAGAAUUCUGUGAUUUUAAAGAAUUUCUAACAAACAUAUCAAAAGUUGGUUUCUAACAUUUCAUCUUUGUAAUGAAUUAUUUGCCUUUAAAAAUGUUACUCUUUCAUAAAAGGUUUUGUAUCCAUUUUACAUAAAUACUGUCUCUUUUCAAUUUCUAACUGAUAAGUUGUUGACAUUGCUAGUUUUUUACCCCAAACAAGUCAGAUCUUGAAAAUAUGAGUCUUGACCCAUGUUACAUAUAUGUUCCGUACUUUAAGUUUUGGUUAAAAAAAAUUAAUGUAUACAUUUGUUCAUGCUUCAUGUUUUGUUUAUUUUGCUUUUUGUUAGAGUUUGUAUCUCCAAUUGUAUUUUCAUGAUCUUAUUAUUAUACCCCCCAUCCCUGACCCGACCCCAUCACAACCCCCCCCCCCCCCCCCAAAAAAAAAGAAGAAAGAAAUAAUUUAAUACCUGAGCCCACCCCUUCCUGUACUUAGAAAAUUUAAAGACUUUAGAGAUAAAUAUCACAGGUCAUCAAGUUGUUUCUUCUCAAUUAAAAAGGACAGACUGAAUAAAAUAUUUUUUCACCAAAAAUAUCAUUUCCAGCACUUCAAAUCAGCCUUCUUUAUAAUACAUCACCAGUAAUUCAGAUCUCUCAGAAAAAUAUUUUAUAUAUAUAUGGAUCUCACCAAGAAGUGAUAUGAAUUUCCAUAGCAUCUUUUUUUAAGCUUUAUUUUUAAGGGUUUUUUUUUUCUUAUUUAGUUAAAUGCUCAUCAUGUAGCAAUCUUGCAAAAUAGAAAUGACCUGCUGAUUGCAACUAAUGAGAAAUCAAUAUUCAGGCCUGGAAGUUCUAUGUUCCUUUAAUGGCAGACAUCCUUUUAUACUGAACUGUUUUUAUAGCAUUUAAAGAUCAGUCUCGCUAGCCUCAAUUUCAUUUAAAGUACUGUGGAAGUAUUCUGUCUUGAAAUGUUGAUGAUUUUUCAUGGCUACAUUUGUUUUCAAUGGUUCUGGUUUUCCCGUCUCUUCCAUUCCUGAAUUAUCUUCUGAAAUGAGAUGUCCUUUUUUUUUAAGUAGAAACCAACGAAAGCAGGGAUGGGUUUUUUUCUUUAGACAUGUAAUUGCUUUAUCAUUGUUAAUGAAAUUUGAUGAGGUGUUCAUAAAUGGAAAUUGUGAUACAUUACUGAAAUGUUUGACUGUGUAAUUUGAACGUUGUACAUUUGAAGUUCAAAACACCAUUUUUUGUUCAUGUUCAUGAAGUUAAAAAAAAAAUCUUGUAUACUUGUCAUUUGCAAAUGAGAAACUCAUCUUUAAAGUCAUCAAUGAUUUAUUUUGACAUGAAAAAAAAUCCCCAAUAUGUAACUGCCAAAUAAACUCAUUAGUCUGAUAAUUACGGUAUUUUUUUUUGGAAGUUCCAUUUUCACAACACACAAAAGGGGACUUCUUGAAAAAUCAAUUGCAGACUUCAAAGUUGGCCACAUCUUUUUAUGCCAGCUUUCUUUUCAGGGAAUUACCAUCAAUAUUUAAUUUUCAGAUUCACAUUGACAUUUUGUCCACAUUAUAAUUUAUUAAAGAGUUUGCUACAUGCACCAAAGAUGAAACAGACCGACUGAAUAAUAAACAGAAGUAAAAAAAAAAAAAUACCGUAGAUGUCCUAUUUACCACUACUCUGCAUUUUAGAACCCAGUUGACCUCAUUUCUGCUAAGAAAUGUAUUGUUCAUUUAAUUAUCAAAAGAAUAAUUUAGUAACAUUUUGAACUUUUUUUUCAAUGAAUGUAAAAUUUAUGUCCGGGGUAGGAGGCGUCUUUCGUAUGAAAUUAGGACAAAUACGGUACUUAGCGAUUUGUUGCAGCAAAGUGUAACUUAUUUGUAAUAAAAAUCCAGAACAGGUAUGAAUUUGUAAAUGUAUUGAAUAAAGAUGUGAUAUAUUGACA